AUUAUUGCUUUUCUUUAAAAAGAAAAUGUUGCUUAAAAUUUUAUACGUUUAUAAGCCCCUCUUAGUCAUUUCACUUUUGCUUUUGGCUCGUCUCAUCUCCUCUUCGCGUCUCUCUCUUCUCUCUCAAGCACGCAUCGCAGGUCAUUUUAGAAGGCUUUCAAUCGAAGAAUCCAAGCUUCCGUUACUUCCAGAUUUUGUCUCAGUGAACGUAAUCAAGUACUUUGAAUCAAAUCAAGAUGGUUUCGUUUGAAAUGAAUGACCGCAAGAAGAUUGGGCUAGGAUUGACAGGAUUUGGCAUAUUUUUCUCAUUCAUGGGAAUCGUUUUCUUCUUUGACAAGGGAUUACUUGCCAUGGGAAAUAUCCUCUUCAUCUCAGGAGUGAGUCUAACUAUUGGGCCAAAAUCCACCAUGCAGUUCUUCAUGAAACGUCAAAAUUUUAAGGGAACUAUUUCAUUUGGUUCUGGCUUCUUCUUUGUUGUCGUAGGAUGGCCAGUUAUUGGCAUGAUUUUGGAAGCAUAUGGGUUCGUUGUACUCUUCAGUGGCUUCUGGCCAACACUGGCAGUCUUUCUUCAGAAGAUACCCAUUCUUGGCUGGGUCUUCCAACAACCUUUUAUUAGAUCGUUCAUGGAUCGCUACCGGGGGAAAAGAGUUCCUGUUUAAAUUCAGAAUCAGAGAGAAUUGGAGCUGACGUUUGUAUUGGUCCAUGUUGAAGUCCUCUAAAACAAUACUCUUGCCUCAAACCUAAUUUUUUUUUGGUUUAGAGAUGGAUGGCUGUGCAAUGUGCAAUUCUGGGAUUUAACGGAAGUGCAACUAAGCUGCAGAUAGUUCAAUUCCUAAGUCAUUGUUGAAAUAUUUCUAGAUUUUUUUUUUUUCUCUGUUUACAUCAUUGUAGAAGAUUAUUUUGAUCUGAUGAUAAGCCUCUUUGUCAUUUUGAUUAAAGAAGGAAAAGAAAAUGAUUUUAGGUUA